UGCCCAUAUCUCACCUGAAAUCAGACACUGCUCAGGGAGGAGAACGACCACUGUCUCCACACAGGGUACAUUCCCCCGGGCCCCCGGUUUCUCAAGACCGCUGUUCCGCGGCAGCUUUUCAAAGUGUCGUACAUAUUCAGACGCAGUCCGCUGUGGCGGACUGGACCAUAUACAUCAUGCUUUUCAUCGGUAUUAAAAGCUCGGCAAUUUACCGUCAGUUGCUUCAUGUCGAACUCUGCCAAUGAACCGAAGGAAUCGCUCGACGCCGGCUCCAAUUCCCGGCUCUCAGGGCGCAUACACAUCGUGGGUAGUGACAAUGACGCCUUAUUUAUUGCUCACUCAUUAGCAAGUCGACGGUCUGUGCCGCCUAUCACUUUGAUGUUGAAUGAUUUUGGCACCUACCAAAAAUGGGUGGCUGCGAAACAGAGCAUAAGUUUGCAAGCGAAUGGGUUGGAGGACAUCAAGACCGGCUUUGAUGUGAACGUCAGGAGGGGCAAGGCUACCUGGUACUCGAUUCCCCAGACGACCGAGCAGGGAGACUACGGAGAUCAUGACACGCUCGAAUAUGAGGGCGACUUCUAUGGCGCGGCGGAACCUGAGUCUCCCGGAACUGUGCAAUUCCAACAGGAUGACUCGAAGAUUGAGUGUGCAAUCAUCCCUGUCAGAUCGAACUGGACCGCCCUGGCCGUGGAAUCGAUUCAGCAUCGCUUGACGCCUGAUUCGACGAUCCUGAUCCUCUCAGACGGCCUGGGCACGAUGGAAGAAAUCAAUAAGCACUGCUUUCCGGACCCGAUGACACGACCGCACUACAUGCAAGGAGUAUUCACCCACUACAUUCGUCGGAGAAAGGGCAGUUUUCAAUUCUAUCAUGCUCAGCUGGGCACACUUGUAUUAGGGGUUCCACCGCAGGAAAACAAACUGUCUUUAGCUGAGGCCGAGAAAAUCUAUUGGACGCAAGCCUGGGCUCGAACCACCAAAUACCUCAUGCGCAUUCUGACCACCACCGCGCCACUCGUCGCUACUGCAGCAGCCCCGACCGAUCUCUUAUUAACCCAGCUGGAGCAAAUCGCGGUUCAAUCCGUUCUCCAACCGCUGACCGCGCUCAUGGGAUUCAAAAACGGUGCUACUCUUUACAAUUACCACUUCACCCGUCUCACGCGCCUCCUCCUCCUCGAAACAUGUAGCAUUAUCGCCGCUCUGCCCGAGGUUCGGUCAAUUCCUGGGAUCGAGGUCCGCUUCGGCCCGGAGCGCAUACGCCGCCUGCUCACCCAAAUCGCCGAAAGGACUGCCGGCCAGGAGAGUAAUAUGCUGCGUGAUAUCAAUGCGGGCAAGGUAACUGAAAUCCAGUUUCUGAACGGCUACAUCGUGCGCAGAGGCGAGGAGCUCGGCCUCAAACCAGUGAUGAACUACAUGAUUCAAGCAUUGAUCCAAGGAAAGACAUAUGAGACCAGACAAAAGGAAAUCUCUGCAAUUCCCAUUGAUGUCCCCAUGGAAGGGCGAAAAAGGGAUUUUCGAAGCGCUCCAUAAUCCGAAUUAGACCGCAGGAUGCUCCCAGGUUCGGGUCAUUUCCUAAACAAUUUCCUUUCAAUUAUGCCUAUAUCCCUAGCAGGGAACCGUAUCUAGGGCUUGAAAGCAGAGCCGUCUAAUCUGUCUCCACCGGUUCAGGAGCAUUUGUACCUUUUCUGGGUGGAAUUGGUCGCUCUUACCGGACAGAACACUCUCCAGAUAUCG